AUGAAAAAUCUCACCACACUGACUGACUUCAUUCUUCUGGGACUGACAGAUGCAUCUGAAUUCCAAGUGGUGGUUUUUCUCUUUCUCUUUCUCAUCUAUGUGUCCAGUGUCAUCAGUAACUUGACCAUUAUCACUCUCACUCUAUUGGAUUCCCACCUCCAGACACCCAUGUAUUUCUUCCUUAGGAAUUUUUCCAUCUUAGAAAUUUUCUUCACAUCUGUUUUUACUCCCAGAAUCCUACUGAGCAUCUCAACAGGAAACAAAACCAUCAGCUUUGCUGGCUGCUUCCUUCAGUACUUUUUUGCCAUAUUUCUGGGGGCCACAGAGUUUUACCUUCUGGCUGCCAUGUCCUAUGAUCGCUAUGUUGCCAUCAAAAAACCCCUGCAUUACAUGACCAUCAUGAGCAGCAGAGUCUGCAUCCUGCUUAUCUUCUGCUCUUGGCUGGCUGGGUUUCUGAUUGCUGCCCCAGCAGUCCUAAUGGCUAGUUUCCUGGACUUCUGCUCAUCCAAUAUAAUAAAUCAUUAUUAUUGUGAUACUACUCCCCUUCUGAAGCUCUCUUGCUCAGACACAGACCUGGUAGAGCUAGUCGAUUCUCUCUUAGCCAUAGUGACACUGAUGUCAACCUUAGGGUUGGUGAUUGUCUCCUAUUCAAACAUUAUUCAGACGAUUCUCAGAUUUCCUUCUUCCCAGCAAAGGAAAAAGGCCUUUUCCACCUGUUCUUCCCAUAUGAUUGUCAUUUCUCUAUCCUAUGGCAGCUGUAUCUUCAUGUACAUUAAGCCCUCAGCAAAGGAAGAUUUCACCUUCCAUAAGGAGGUAAGUAUGUUUCCAACCGCAAUCACCCCCCUGCUGAAUCCUUUCAUUUACACCCUAAGGAACAAACAAGUGAUACAAGCCUUCAAGGACUUGGUUCAAAAGAUCAUGAAUCAUUAA